AUGCCGUAUUGUAGUGUAUUUGGUUGUAGUAACAAUAAAGGAACGCAUAGAUUUCCUAAUCGCGAUAAUUCACCUGUGCGUUUUAAUAAAUGGAUCAAUUUUUGCAAGCGUAAACUUUUUAAACCAACUAAUAAUUCUGUGAUAUGUUCUCAUCAUUUUAAAAGUCAAGAUUUUGAUGACUCAGACAUUUUAAAACAAAAAUUAUUGGGAGACAAAUACAAGUUAAGAUCACCCCGCUUAAAACCAGGUACGGUAUUAACAAUAUUUGUAAUAAAUAAUGAUAAAAAUAGCGAUGGUAAUGCAACAACUAAAAAACCCCGUUCUGAAAGAAUAAAAAAUCAAGAAAAAAAAGAUAUGGUUGAGAGUUUAAUCGCUAAAAAAUCAAAUAUUGAUUCAUAUGAACAUAAUAAAAAGGAGGUAAAGAUAAGUUGUACGGAGGAUAAUAUAAGUGAUGUAGAAGAAAACGCGUCAUAUACAGAUAAUGAUUUUUAUGAUGAUCCCGAUUUUGAGUGUGAAAAUGAGGAGGAAGACUACACUGAAGAAUUUGAUAAUGUUGAAAACACCGAAAUAAAAUAUUGUUUAGUAUUUAUUAAUUCAUUACUAACACUGUUUACAGUUUGUAAUAUUUGUAAAAGUAAAAUAAUAAAUAAAAAAUGGUACGCAAUUGGUGCAACAAUAUGUGUAAGAUCAGAAUGUAGUGAAGGUCACUCAUCAAAAUGGUUUUCACAGCCUGUUAAUAAACAAUUUUCUAAGGGUCACGUCCAUAUUGCUACAUCUAUACUUUUAUCUGGUACUUUAUUUGCUACGUUUAAAGUAUUUUGUUCAAGUUUAAAACUUGUAAUGUUUAGUAGAACAACAUACGAUAAAAUUAUGAAUAAAUAUUCUUACCCUCUAAUCGGAAAAAUAUGGGAGAAAAAGAGAACAGAACAGAUGAAUUAUGUCAAGGAAAGUGGACAGUUAUGGAUUGCUGGAGAUGGUCAGUACGAUUCACCUGGUUUUUGUGCCAAAUAUUGUACUUAUACUUUUAUGGACAUUAAUUCUGGUUGUAUAGUAGAUUUUCAAUUAAUUCAAAAAAAAUGA